AUGUUCAAACUUGUGUACAGCACUGGCAUACUUGGUAAAAUCUAUCCCCAAAGAAAACGAUAUUCCUCUACACCACGAUAUAAUAGCGACGUGAUGAACUUGAUAAAUUUUGUUGGUUUUGCAACCUUACUCUUUGCACAGAUUUCUGUUUGCAUUGCGGUGGAUUCAUCAUCGUCAAGUUCAAGCUCAAGCUCUAGCUCUUCAGCGUACACCUCUUCUCCCGGAUCCUUUUUGGGAGCAGAACAUGAUAUUGACUCAGGGACUGGCUCACAAGCUUUGCCAGUUUCUACUGGAGUGGCUACAACGCUGGAAGAAGUAUUGGAAUAUAGAAGGCUUGAGAAAAAUAGGCGACAGAGAGAGUAUGAACAAAGAAAACGACGAAUCAAUCCACACUUCAAGAGAGACUCAAAACGUAAGACAAUUGAGAAACAAGCAAACAACCCAGAAUGGAUUGCUAUGAAAAAAGCGUAUCACAAGAAUUAUAACCAGGUACAUCAUGAAAGAAUCCUACAGACUCAGAGAAAGUAUCGUAAUAAAAAUCCACAGAUAGUUAAAGCACAGAAAAAAAGGAGACUUCAACGAAAAAAGGAAAGGGAAAUAGGAAAGGAAUCUCAGGAGAUGCCAGUGAUAUUGACAGGGAAAAGAAAUUCUCAAGAACAAGAACAAAAUUCUAAGAAAAUGAAGUCAAGGACUAGUGGAUCACAUGAUAAUGUCGGUGCAGCUACAACCGCUCCUCAGCAGAGAGAAAGGACCAUUGUGCGCCUCAAGCUGUCACCAGAGGUGAUCAAGAAACACUUUCCACAACAGCCGCCGGAAGGGCCAAAAUGA